GUACUUACUCCUGAUAAUUUUCCACUUAUUGAAGAAAAGUUGAAAACAUCUGGACUCUCUAUUCCAAGUCUGAAUUUCAUUAGCGCUACUCCAGUCCCAUCUGGAAGAAACACACCAGAAAUGUUAACAGAGUGCACAAUGGAAGUAUCAAAUGAUGGAACUGAAACUAUGGUUAACUGUGUGCAACCUAUUGAAGAAGUAUUUGCCAGUUUGAUUGAAACUGAAGAAGAGGAUUUGGUAUUUAGUUCAAAGGAAAGAAUGGUUGAAGAAAAUGAACAAGAAAUUAAAAUCCCUCUCGCCUCACAAGGAGCAUGUGAAAUUUCAGUGAACCUAACACCAGAUGAAAAAGUAAGUCUUGAAAAUUUGUCUAGUGAAAUUACUUCAGUUAGUAAACUAGGUUUUGAUACUUACAGCUCUGCUUCAGAGACUGACCAUUCAGUGUUAAUUGUCACAAGACCAUUAGAAAACAAGACCAGUACUGAGGAAUGUGGAGUAGAAUUUUCUUGCUCAAAUGUGUUGCUUUGUGCACCAAAGAAUUCAGAAAAUAAAGGUGAGACACCAGAACUUUGUGAAAUAGAAUGUGAAGAGCAAAGCAAGCCCAGUGGUGUUAUACCUUUAGGAUCUCCUGAUCUUAGAAACACUGCACAGUGUGAACUGGAAGUCACAUUAAAUACAGGUUUGAAGAGUAUGGAGGCAGUGCUUAAUACUGUCAGUUCCAAUCCAUUAGGCUGUCACACUCUGAUUCUGAAAUGUGAAACAGGUUCAUGUACACUCCCUGACCUGCAAAACACUAUAGUCACAAAAGCAGAGGUCUGUGAAGAAGUAAAUAAGCCAACUGUUGAUACAAAAAAUGCUUCACAUGUUGGCCAACAAACCAAAGUGCCUUUCCAAAAUGCAACAAGCAAAGAACUAUCUUCCAUUGAAGAACAUUGCCUAUCCCUUCAUAAACAGGAUGUACUGAUAGCAUCAAAUUCACUUACUCUGGAAAGUGAGAAAAGCAGUGCAGGCUCAAGUUUAAAUGAUCUUACUCAUGAAGAAAAUAGUAUCAUACCAACAGACUUGAUACACAAACAAAUUCCUAUCAUUGACACAGACCUUUUGAAGUGGGGCCCUGAAGAAAGCAAGUGUUGUGAGCAAGCAAGUGAAGAAGACCUGGAACACAUUCCAGACAUAGUCAGGGAUGUUCACAAAUUGCACUUUGAAGAGAAUUCCAUGUUGAAAGUUUCUUACUUUGAACAGGUUACUGCAGAAACUCCCAACUUUGCUGGUCACAUUUCAGUGCCAGAUUCUGAGGAACACAACACAAAUUUUAACUCAGAUUUGACUGAUAGUUUUCGAACAACAGAAACAACACACACAAAAUCUCCUGAAUUUGCUGAAGACAUUUUAAAUGUAGAAGAGAAUAAUGAAAACUGUAGUUCAGAGAUGUCAGCUUAUGAGCAGAUAUAUGUUCGGCCAAUAGAAAUUAAGCAUCCUGAUUUUGUCACAGAUGUUCUGGAAUUAUAUGCAAAGGAAAUCAAAGAAAGCUGUGACUCAGGUGGCAUCAGUUGUGAAAAAGUAUACAUGGUACCAGUUGAAAUUAAGAAUGUUCAGUCUCCUGAUCUUACUAUAAAUGUAGAGAAGAGGAAUGAAAGUUCUAAGUUUUCCAGUUACAAACAAAUGUCCUUUGACCCACAGAAGCAAUUCAGGAUUUUUAAUCCUGGCCAAGACAUAGCAGAAACUAAAGAGAUGUGUAACUCACAUCUUAAAAAUUGUGAACAAGCAUCUGUGGAAGUUUUGGAUUUAGUUCAUAUGCCACUGUCUCACAUUUUCAGUGACAAAGAGGAAAAGGUGGUUGGCGCUGAUGAUUCAUGGAAGCAGAACCAAUUUGACAGCAACAGUCGAGUACUAAUGGAAGAUUUUUUGCUUGGAGAAAGGUUAGCAAGUGGACUGACUACAUCAGGACUUGAUAUAAAGGCAGAGGAAAACUUUGAUGCAACUGGUGAGGUGGAAGAUGAUGGUGAAGACUUUGGGUUGGACGCAGUGAAACACUUGACACCAGAUGAUGAACGCAGUAGUGACUCUGGUUUCAGAGACAAGGGAAGUUUGAGUGAGAGCUGUGAGGAAGUGUGUGAUGAAAAGUACAACCUUGAGGAUAUUGAGGCAGAGUUGGAGGACACUUUUAAUAGGGGCAACUUCAACUAUGUUGAUGAGCAUGACAAUGAAGAAGAACAGAAUGAGAGAGCACUUGAAGACCAACAGGGAAAGUUGUCAGCCAAAAGUUCUGAUGAUUCACCAUUCAUCUACAUUGAGGAACCUGGCAAUGGAAACCAGAAUCAUAGGACUAUGGAAGACAUAGAGAGAAAGCUGCCAGUCAGGAGCUGUGUUGAUAAAGUAUACAACAUAGAAGAUCUUGAUUGUUGUGAUAUUGUGCAUAAUGAAAAUAGCACUGAUAAAACAUUUGAAGCAGUGGGUGGUAAAUUAACAAAGGUUAUAGACAUGUUGGAAAGUGUAGAAAAAGAUCAGGCAGGAGGUCAGUUUGCUGGAGAAGUUACAGAAUCAGUAAUCAAAGAUCAGCUGAAGAAUGAAUCUCUAGAUUCAGGUGAUUCAGAUAUGAAGAGAUCACCUGAGUUGAUCAGAAUUCAGUGUGAUAUAGAUAAUCAUGAUGAUACUUCAACAGGAUUUCACCAGCCUGAACUUUUGAGUGUGGCUGGUGAUUAUAAAGAACCCAUUUUGCUAGUAAAAUUACAAGAAGAUAUAGAGACCAAUAUUAUAAAAAAUUAUACUUCUGUCAACAAAAUAAACCAGUUACUUGAGUCAGGGAGAGAAUCUCAGAAUUCAGAAAUGUUGAAUUUGGACAGUGACACAAGACAAUGGCAGAUCAUAAUGGAUUCAAAUGUGAUUGAACAUGUGUCUGAUGAGAACAAACAAAACAGAUAUCCUGUAACUGUUCCUGCAAGUGAUUCCAGGCCAGUUUCUUUAACUAACGUUAUUCCAGAUAUAAAUUUGACCACAGAAAUUCAUGUUCCUGAUAAACAUUUUUCAAACCAUGAAGUCAAACAUGAUGCAAUUUUAUCAUCCAUCUCACCAGAUGAUAAGGUAGUUUCACAGAUGGAUGGUUACUGUCUAAGAAGUACACAAAAAUCUGGAUUAAAUGCAUACCAAACAUUCUCUUUUGGUGAAACAUGUGCAAAUGAAGAUGCAUGUGAGGUCGGUGACAAACCUGAAUCUGCAAGUAGAGAGCUACAGCACUCAGAGUUGGUACAAAGGCACACAACGGGAUGGUAUUUGCAUCCCCCUCUGGAAAACGGUAACUAUGAAGACAGUAAGGGAGAUCUUGUAAACCUUGAAGAAUGCCCCAGUGUAACAGAUUCAGGCCCAUGUAGCUCAAAGUAUGAGGAAAGUAAUAAUGGUGACAACAGCUAUGUGUCAUUUAGUCUAGACGAGGAAUUUGUGACAGCAAUCAGAAAUGAGCUGCGUGAUAAAUUGCCUUGCACACGUCAACAGAGUCAGGAAGAGGAGGACUCGGAAGAAGAUGAGAUCUUAGAUCCAGAUGAUGACUUGCCCCAAGAAGAGAGAACAGAUAUCAUGAUACAUUACAACACAUACUCAGCACCUCUGUCUCCAAUUUUAGAGGAACAUGAAAGUGGGAGUUCAGUAACAACUACAGUCAGUGAUCAUUACUCUUCAUUAGCAUUAUCAAACCAGAGAGAUGCUCCAGUAUCAGGUUCUGACUCAGAGCCUUUGAGUCCUGUCUUUGUGUUGGAUCCAAGAGAUGGUGAUAGUAGAGCACAGUAUGAAAUAAAUGCUAAGAAGUUUGAACAGGAGAUUCGAGAAGCCCUUGAAAACUGCAGUUUGAAUAGUGAAGGUAGUGAAGAUAUAAGCAGCCCUUCCAAUAAAGUUCAUAAUGAAAGCAGUGUGCUACUUGAGGAUCUGGAACAACAGCCAUCAGUAGACACACAGGGAUUGUCAUUGAAUGUGACUGUAAAUGAGAACAUUGUUGUAGUCCAUGGCACCCACCAGCAUCCUAAUGGUGAUGAUCUUCUAGUAGUGAACACUGAGACCAAUGAAGCUACUUUGUUAGAGAGCCUGACACCCAAGUCACACUUAGCAUUUGUGAAUAAUAGAAGAACACUUCAGGAGGGCAAGUCAAUUGAUGGACUGUCUGGCACACCUAACUUUUUUGGUGAAAAUGAAGUGAUUGUUGGUGUGAAUUCAGAUACAUUUGUUAUUGAUAGAAGUAGAUUAAUUGGUACCUUUGAAGUGGAUUCAAAAUUGGGUGCAGGAAAAGAAAUGUCAUCUGAUGAUGAAGUGUACACACCAGACAGCAUAUCUGAGCAUGUGACUGGUACUCCAUCCGAAUCCACUCUUCAGUCUCCUGAUACUGAAAACUUAUCAGACUUUUUUCUAACGCCAUCUGAAAAGUCACCUGCUGUAAGUGAAUGUCCACUUGGACCACAGAAUUCCAGUGUGUUCAAUUCAUACCUUCUGCAUUCCUUAUCAAAGAAUCAUGAUAACCAAAUUUUUGAAAAGGUGCAGGAAAUCUCUUUAGGAGUAGCCAACAAUGAGGCAGCAGAAAUAAUAUCUGAGCUUGAAAAUAGUGGCAUAUUUAAUAACAAUAAUAAUGAUGCAAACAAAGAAACUUGUGCAGCAGUGUUACCAUUGUGUGAGAAAGUAUCAAUACAAGAGCUGCCCAGCUCUAGGACUUCAUCUGUGAAUGAUAACAAUGAAGUGCUGUCAGUAGAGGACAGUUCAGAAUCCUCAGAAUUAACUAAGAAAGACUCUGAUGAUGAUAAAAACAACCCUGCAAGGCUGUCUGCAGUUGAUCGAUUGGACUAUUUAACAUCACCAAAUCUAGAUGUGUUCUCUAUGAAGAUAAAGGAAUCAACAGAGAAUUCUGAAGAGGAGGAAAACUCUAUGAAUGGUAACAGCUGCAACAGGAGACUGUUCCUAAAUGACACUUUAGAUCUUCUGAAGAGACGAAAAGAUUCUCGACAGAAUGACAGUGACCUAUAUCAAGAAGAUGAAGAAAGAGACUGGAGUCUCCCAAACCUUGAAGCAUCUAUUCUCAGCACGAAGGCACCGAUGCCAUCGCCAGAAGAGGAAUCAUGGAAGCAGAUCCCAUCAAUGCUGGCAUUCUCAGAUUUGAAUGAAGUGAUGUCUCGGUGUGGUAACAAGCAACAGGCAUUUGACACUAUCUCUUUCAAUGGUCCAUCACAGUGUGUGUCUUAUAGUGGUCAGACAGAGGUGGAUGAUGGUGAUCUGAUGUCCACAUCUUUCAGCAUCAAGGGUGAUCCUGGUGAUCCAGAAUGCUACACUCCAGACUGGGAAAGUGAUUCUGAUGAGACUAAUGAAGAAGAUAAUUCUUCUUCAAGUGGUGAAUUCAUAUGGAAGGAGGGAGACAGGGAGUCCUCAGUGAAGGCUAUUGAUAUUUCUGCCACUUCCAACACCAGCAAGCCAUAUGAGGGUUUAUCUGACUUCCCGAUGGAGGUAAUUGCUGAAGAGGAGGAAGAUGAAGAAGAAGAAGAUGAUGAUGAUGAUGAUGCUGAUGGUAGUAGUAGCUCUGGUAGUGGCACCGAAUUUGUUCCUUCAGCAUGGAAUAGUGAAGCAACACCCAAUCGUUCAGCACUGCGCAGCCCAGAUAAGAAGUCUGAUCACAAGAAGAAUGUGUCAUUCAAGAAGCAGAAGUACCACUCUGUGUAUGAGUAUCCUCGCGAGACAAGUGAUUCAGACAGCGAGGGAUUUGACUCCCCAACACGCCGACAUUGGAACAGUCUGAUGUUGCAGUCAACACAACAGCCACAGGUGGACUACUCCAGCUUUGCAGACUGGGAGAUGCUGGAUGGGGAUGUUCUGCCAGAGGGAAGUGUUCCUGACAUGGAUAUAGAUCAAGACAUCCCAGAGAACACUACACAGCAGCAGCUGGACAUCUACAAGCUAAGCAGUGUUGACUAUGACUUUACUAAUGGAAUGGUAUCAGAAGAUGGUGAAUUUUACAUCAGCAGUUCUGCCCGUCCAUUCCAGUUCCCAGGUGGGAGCAAUGAUGUGUUAACCAGUAGCGGAAGUCAGUUUUUUCCUGGUCAGCUAUAUCACGUGGGUAGUGAAUACAAACCAUCUGAAAUCACAGUGGAUUUUGUGACACCUGACGUUGACAUCGUUAAUAUCACUGUGGCUGACAAGCUCUCUGCUCUGGAAACUGGUGUAGAUUCUUAUAAUGAUGAAGUUGACACAAGUCCUUCAAGUAUGUCUAGGUUUUCUGUCAGUUUUAAUGAUCAGUUGACUAACCAUAAGUCAGAGAGUAUCAAAGGAAUUGUGUGGGAAGAUGAAAUUGACUCUUCUGAAUCUGGAGUAAAUGGAACAUCCAGCAACAGAUCAUCAGCAUCUUCAGAUGUUGGAGAGAAGGCAUCUUUGGAAUCCACAAAACUACAGGAAUUACCUUUUACUGACCUAUUGGAGUUAGCAAAAGCAUCUGAUCCCACUAGCAGCAUAGUGUUAAGUGUGUCUGUUACAAAUGAAAUGCUUUCAGGUGCAAAGUCUGUGUCUGGUUGUGUAAUAACAGAUAAAGACUGUGAAACAGUGUUGCAGUCACCAUCAUCACCUCUGUCUCCCUCAGGGUUAGGAGAACUGCGACAUACAAGGGAUCGCCUAAAGCUUGAUUUGCCACUUUCCAGCACAGCAUUUGUUUUGGACCCUCCAGCAGUUGGGAAGCGGAGGUCUGUGGAAACAGUAAAGGGUGAAGCAUCCCUGUUGGACAGUGGAGAAGAAACAGAGGACAGUGGUAUUGAGUCAAGCAAUGGGGCAGUUACCAGGGAAGUGAAGUCUCCUACAAGGGACAUCAGUAUGACAUAAAGUCUGCACUAUUGUAUAUGUUGUGCGGCAAUAAAUAGCAUAGGAAUAUCAUUUGUAUCAGAUAGCAGAGCACGGAAAUGUCCUCGGUAUUGAAUAAUUUAUGUAAGCGCAUUGUUAUGCAACUGUUUUUGCGGGAUAAGAUAUGUUAGGUUUGGUACCUACAAGACAAGGAUUAAUGCUGCCAUUUCUUGCCCUAUCACAGAUUAGUGCAAGAUGUUGGAAUUGGUUUGAUCUGAGACAGAUGCUACCAUUCAUGCCUGGCUACAGAAUGGAACUGUUAUGCAGAAAAUCUGGGAUCUCUGUGUUUUAACUUUCUCAGAAACACAAGUAUGAAGAUGAAAAUCACAGUUUUGGCUUGAGUAGACACUACUCAUUAAUACCAACCAUCUUCCUAAAUUAACUGAUUUUAUCUUCACUGCUACUACAGUACACAUUAAUCCUCUUGGCCCCAUUCAGACAGACUAUAAGCUCAGAUUUUGCACCAUUAUUUCACAGAUUAUUAUUUUACUUUAUUUUGUUUUGAUGUCUGGAGUCUAUGUAUAAAAGGAAUACUGUCCCUUUACAUUAUACACCCCUAUAUCAAGCAUCAGUAAGU